AAUGAAGACAUAAAUAUUGCUCAUAGCUAUGAUAUCCCUUUCAUUCCAAGCCUUGACUGCCACAAAAAAAUGUGAUUGCACAGAAAUUGUUUAAUCAGCUGACUGUAAAGGUGGAUGCACUUGGUCAUCAGCUGAUUCUUCUUGUGCAGCUAAAACAGUUGAUUGCGCAACAUUAACAAGUUAACCAACAUGUGAUAGUGAAUCUACAUGUGCUUGGAGUGAUACAACUUCAAAAUGUGCUGCUUUCACAGCUUGUGCUGAUUACACAGUAACUACAGCUGAACAUUGCUAUUACAAAAACGAUACUUGUAUUCCAGGAACUGCUGGUGCAGAUGGAAAAACUCCAUGCAAAACAGGUUCAGUCACAUGCUCAAGUUUCACAAAUGCCUCAGAUUGUAACGGUAAGUCACCAAGUGAUACAACUAUGUGUUGGUUCAAAGCUGGUGCUUGUACUUAAUUUGAUAUAUCAAAAUGCUCAGCAAUCACAGACUAAGAUAUAUGCUCAUUGUUCUGUAAAUGGAAUUCAACUGGUACUGGUUCUUGUGCUGCAUUAACAUGUGGCGAUAGGACAACCGCUGAAACUUGUAAAACAGUAUCGUCAGACGAUUCCUCAAGUGUGAAUAUUUGUACUUUUAAUACUUCUACCACCAAAUGUGAAGAUGCUGUUGAUGUUAGUGCUUUAACAUCAUCAAAUUGUUUUGAUUAAACAUCAGGUUAUUAUUAUUGGGAUGGAAGUGUCUGCUCAGAAUGCUCAGGAUCAAGCAGUAAUGGAUACAUUUUGGCAUUCAUUGGAUUCAUUGGUAUGGUUAUGUUCUGAUU